UUUCCUCCCUGAUCGCCUGGUACCCCGCCUCGCCUUGAAGCCCCACCACACACGCCGAUCGCAAAAUGGCAGACAUUCAGCAGCUCCUCAAAGAAUCAAAAGCCGAGUACAGGCAGCUAGGGAAGAGCGGCUUGAGGGUGUCGGUGCCAAUCCUCGGUGCUAUGAGCAUUGGGUCCAAAGAAUGGCAACCGUGGGUUAUUGAAGAAGAAGAGUCCUUGCCACUUCUAAAGGCGGCGUAUGAUAAAGGAAUCACGACUUGGGACACAGCCAAUGUGUACUCCAACGGCGUCUCGGAAACGAUCAUCGGCAACGCCAUCAAAAAGUACAAGCUGCCCCGCGAAAAACUCACCAUCCUAACAAAAUGCUACGGCUACGUCGGCGAGACGCCCGGCCUGCGCAGCAUCAUGUACCGCGAGGAGAUGCCCCAGCUCAGGGACUACACGAACCAGGGCGGGCUCUCGCGCGCGGCCAUCUUCAACGCCGUCAACGCGUCGCUCAAGCGCUUGGACCUCGAGUACAUCGACCUGCUGCAAAUCCAUCGGUUCGACCCGACUACUCCGAUCGAGGAGACGAUGGAGGCGCUGCAUGACCUUGUGAAGAGCGGCAAGGUGCGCUAUAUCGGCGCGAGCUCGAUGUGGGCGGUGGAGUUUGCGCAGAUGCAGUUUGUCGCGGAGAAGAACGGGUGGACGAAGUUUGUGAGCAUGCAGAACCACUACAACCUGCUCUACCGCGAAGAAGAAAGGGAGAUGAAUAGGUUCUGCAAUAGUACUGGUGUCGGGUUGAUUCCGUGGGCACCACUCUGCCGCGGCCACCUCGCCCGCCCCGCCUCCAAGUUCGGCGAAACGAUUCGCUCCGAGGGCGAGAAGAACAACGGGAGUAGCUUUUCGGGCCACUCGGAGAAUGACAAGAAGAUGAUCGAGCGCGUGGAGGAGCUGGCGAAGAAGCAUGGCUGGAAGAUGAGCACGGUGGCAUUGGCGUGGAUCAACAAGCGCGUCACGUCGCCCAUCAUCGGCUUCAGUACCGAGGGGAGAAUGGAUGAGGCGCUCGAGUCGAGGGGCAAGACGCUGACUGAGGAAGAGGAGAAGUAUCUCGAGGAGCUGUACCAGCCACGGGUGAUCCAGGGACACUCGUAGAGAUGCCCCCUGCAGACGUAUUGGAUAUUGACGCUUUCGCAUUGCCAUCUGUUCAGUGUAUAGACCGUCUUUCGGAAUAUCAGCAUCUAAAAUUCCGAUGCUAAGCUCAAUAGUCCGAGAUCGGGUCAACUAGAUCGAGAAGAGCGUGCAGAAUCCCUUGGCAAGAUGCCAGGAGGACCUGGCUCAAUUGCAUGAUGCUCCCGUGCUACCCCGGCUCAAUGUAUAUGUACCAUAUAGAUACUUGAGUUAUCGGCGGCUUUUGGUGGCCGAGCUGAAACGGUGUGCGGUUUGCCACGACGGUCAUCCGAUUUGAUGACGUAGGGCCGGGUCGCGUGAGG